UACGCGCCUGAAAGUUGUGUCGCUGCGUCCGCGCGCACGGUGGAAAAGGGGGCCUAGAGUAGGUGGCGUGCACUCACGAGUCCCAAGCGAGCUCAAGAGGUCAUGACGAGCCCGCUGGCUUCACGAGGGGUUUGCUCCAUGGAGCAACGAUUAGCGGCGUUCCGGGCCUCUCGGAAGCGAGCCAAGCUAGAGGGCGGGCCCAACAGCUCAGGGAGGAGCGGAAAAACACCUGGAGAAGACGUGGCAGCGCCCUCAACGCCGUCCCAGGCGCAGGGGGCACCGGGCGAUAGAGCCAAGGAAACAUUUCAGACUCAAGGAAGUCCUCUACAGAAUCCAGCAGCUAUUUCUCCAUCACGAUGGGCCCAGUCUUUCCUCACAAAUGUUACAUUCUUGAAGGUGGCUCUUUGGUUGGUCUUACUGGGACUGUUUGUAGAACUAGAGUUUGGCCUGGUUUAUUUUGUUCUGUCCUUGUUUUAUUGGAUGUAUGUCGGAACCCGUGGCCCUGGAGAAAAGAAGAAAGGAGAAAAGAGUGCUUAUUCUGUGUUCAACCCUGGCUGUGAACCCAUCCAGGGAACCCUGACUGCAGAACAGUUUGAGCGAGAAUUACAGUUUCAUCCCCUGGCUGUGGGAUAGUCCUUGUUCUCCUGAGUUUUCUGCCACCUCAGUUUUCUUGGACUACCUGGGGCUGGACUGGACUGAAAUCAAUAUGCAGAUACACUAGGGGCAGUCUUUUGUCCGUGAGUGUCAAUUUUUUGUUCUCUGAACUCUGUUCUCUUAUCCAUCCUUCCACCUCUCCUUUCCUAUGUCUCCUGUUGUAGUACCAAUGUCUUUGUUUGCAUUUCCAUCUUUAAAUUUUCUUUU